AUGACACUUAAUGACCCAGAAAGUUAUUUCAGAUACAUUAGAAUGUCCAAGGAGCGGUUUGAUCAUCUCCUAAACAAAAUAAAGCCAUUGAUAGAUCGUCAUCAUUAUGACUCUUCUUCUCUUCCCAAAGUGAGCCCUGCUGAGAAACUGGCUGUGACACUCGGAUACUUGGCAACAGGAGACUCUCAGGUUAGUAUUUCGUUUAACUUUCGCCUUGGUCGUUCAACUGUGUGUUUAAUUUUGAACGACACUUGUAAUGCUAUAUGGGAUGCUUUAAAUUCAAUAUACUUAAAUGCACCAUCAACUGAAGAAAAAUGGAUUGAGAUAAGUAAAGGGAUUGAAUCUAUGUGGAAUAUUUCUAAUUGUAUAGGUGCUAUAGGUGGCAAACGUAUAGUGAUACAGGCACCCAUGAAUGCUGGAUCUGCUUACUUCAUAGAUAUUACACCCACAGGGAUUGGAAACCGCCCACGCAUUCUAUAA